ACAUGGACUAUGAACAGUAAGUUUCUCGAAAUUUUAAAUUCUUUUUAUCUUACCAUUCACAAUACUGACAAUGCCCAUUCAUAUAUUGUGGACUUUGAUGAUGAGAAUGUCAAAACAUUAUUCACCGAUGUGGAGUGGAACGAAUUAACCAAAGAUGUUCCGCGUGAUAUUGCAGAAGAGCUAACGAAAUACGGAAGUACGAUAGUGAUUAAAUCAUAUCUUAAGGAUGAAGAAUAA